AUGAUGACAAUGUGCCGUUUGCUGUGCGCCCUGUUGGUGCUCGCCCUGUGCUGCUGCCCGUUAGUGUGCGCGGCAGAUUCUGAAACGGUUCAAGUUCCUGAUGCUACUUUAACCCCCACAAUUUCAUCGUCCUCCUCAACAGAGGGAGGACAGGUGAAGGGUCAGUCAGGGUCGCCAGCACCACCAGUGACUGAGGCGGCUGAGAAUCCAGGAGAAAAUGCCGGAGCGGGACAAAGUUUGACCGGUACGCCAGGGUUACAAAUUGACACUAAUAAAUCCGCAGGCGAAACAGAUCAGGACGCGGAAGCUUCUGCCCAGACGACCACGACGACGACUACAACACAGGCACCAACUACGACCACGACCACCACGACUACCACCACUGCGCCAGAGGCACCAAGCACUACGACUACGGAGGCACCAACUACGACGACCACCCGCGCACCGUCACGUCUUCGCGAAAUCGACGGCAGCCUCAGCAGCUCUGCGUGGGUGUGUGCCCCGCUGCUGCUCGCCGCAUGCGCGCUGGCGUACACAACUGUGGGCUGA